AGGAGCGGAUAUGCCUCGUACGAUCGAUAUGAUGAUAGCCAAACUCGCCGCAAACCCGUUGGUUUUGCACCUGCCCAUUUUCACAGGCAACCAGGUCUUCACUGGGAUCAUUGAUUUGGUGUCCAUGAUGACUGUCCAUUUCGAGGGCGAAGAAGGGGAUGACGUCGUCAAAAAGCCCUUAGGAAAAGAUCACGAACAAUACAAAGAUGCAGUGGAGGCCAGGGGGGUUUUGAUCGAGAAGCUGUGCGACCUGGACGAUGACUUUAUGGAUAUGGUCCUCAAUGGCAAUCCGGACGAUCCGUUAGUGGUCGAUGCAGGUGCGUAUCGGUAA